CUUGCUACUGUCAAGCGUACUCUUUCAUACCUUCAUACUCACCACUAAAAACCACCUCACAACCAUAAAUACAGCAGCAGCAACAACAACAACAAUGACUGGCCCCCUCCCCCCCGUCCCACACCCCAUCGGCAUAUUCCCGCAAUUCCUCGCCGCCAGCCCAGCGGGCGAAACGCUCGUGCUCAAGGAGAAGAUCCUCUCCCUGAGCGGCGACAGCUUCGACAUCAAGCUAGCCAACGGGACGCCGAUUCUCAAAGUCGAAGGCAAAGUCCUGUCGAUUUCGGGAAAGAAAAAAGUCUACGAUAUGAGCGGCAGGCAUCUAUUUAGUAUUGGGCGGGAGCUGUUCCAUCCGGUGCAUACUACAUUCAAGGUGGAGAGUGUGGAUGGGGGGAAAGUGGUUGAGGUGAAGAAUGCGUGGAAAUUCAUCGGCAGCAAGGCCACAGCGACGUUCACCUCGCACGACGGCAAGGCAGAAACGCUCGGGAUGAAGGGCAAUUUCUUCGAUACCACGGCUGAUAUCACGGAUGAGACGCAGGGCGGCAUUGUAGUAGCACGCGUAAAUCGCAAGCUCUUCACGGGCAAGGAAAUCUUCUUCGGGCAGCAAACGUACGGCGUGCAAGUUGCGCCGGGAGUCGACAUGGCGCUGAUAGCAGCAUUGUGCAUCUGUCUAGACGAGAAGAAUAACGAGAGAAAACUCUAUUAGAUUAGUUGGAAGACUUUAUCUCCAAAUUAGAUUCCCUAUAACAG